CAGCAGCACAGAUAGCGCGGACCGGCUGCGAGCUCGGGCUGGAACUAUGAACAUGAGACACACUGGGGUUUUAUUAUGGAUUUAUAUCGGCCUUUCAUUGUUAGAUUCGUUGGUUAUCUGCAGUCCAGCGUUGCCACAUGUUACGCACUAUGAUGUGGUUCGACUUCAGAAACAAAACGUUAACGGACGCACGAGAAGGAGUGCCUCUUCCCAACAGCCGUUUCCAGAUGAAAUGCACUUUGGACUCACAGUGGACGGGAAGAACUACACUCUCCAUUUGGAAAAGAACAAAGGUUUAAUCGGGGAGGACUACACCCUGACACACUAUGAGGAGGACGGCGCGGUGACAACCACAGGCCCAGAGGCAGCAAACCACUGCUAUUACCAUGGUUACAUCCCUGGGCUCAAGGACUCGUCCGUCAGUGUCGGUGUGUGCUCUGGAAUGCAUGGAGUGGUGUCGGCAGAUCAGCAGGUGUACCUCAUUGAGCCUCUGGAAGGUUCCGUGGAGGGCAAUCACGCGGUGUACCGCCCUGAGCACCUGAGGAGGCGGAGCCGAGAGAAGCGCAGCAGCGGCGGCGGUAACCAGGAUGUGGACGUGCUCUACGACAACACACCGCGCCCCGUCGGCAUGCGCAGCCGCACGUCGCUCAAGGCCCAGCGCUUCGUCGAGCUGGUGGUGGUCGUGGACAGCAGCGAGUACAAGCAUUACAAAACCAAGAAGCAGGUGGAGGAGUUUAUCCUGGGAGUGACCAAUCAUGUUGAUAAGCUGUACCAGCCGUUGAACCUACGCGUGAUCCUCGUGGGACUAGAGAUCUGGUCCAGGGAUCAGAUUGUGGUGACCUCAACACCCAGUGACCUGCUCAACCGAUUCGUUGAGUGGCAGAGGGACGAUCUGAAGAAGCGGAAGAAACACGACAACGCCCAGUUUGUCACUGCAGUGGAUUUUGAAGGCAGCACUGUUGGACUGGCAUUUUUGUCAGUCAUGUGUUUCGACAAAUCAGGUGGCGUGAACCAGGAUCGGCAUGAUGGUAUCCACAGCCUGGCAUCCACCAUGGCCCACGAGAUGGGACACAACCUGGGCAUGAGCCACGACAAGGAAGACUGCAACUGCGGCAGAAACGCCAAGAGCUGCGUAAUGGCAGACACGAUCGGCUUUGACUAUCCGGAGCGCUUCAGCAGCUGCAGCCAACUGGCCUACAGGACGUUCCUGGAGGACUACAAUCCCAGCUGCCUGCUCAACAAGCCCCGCCCAGACCAGGUGUUCGGCGCCCCCGUGUGUGGCAACGCCUUCCUGGAGAAGGGGGAGGAGUGUGACUGCGGGAGCCCAGAGGAGUGCACUAACCGCUGCUGUAACGCCACUACCUGCCGACUGACGGAGGGCUCCCAGUGUGCAGAAGGAGAGUGUUGCCAGGACUGUAAAUUUAAGGCAGCAGGGGUGAUGUGCAGACCGAGUGUCCAUGACUGUGACCUGGCGGAACACUGUCACGGCAGCUCAGCUGACUGCCCUCGGGACGUCUACCGUAUGAACGGAAGCCCCUGCGACCGUAACCGUGGCUACUGCUACAACGGACAGUGUCCCUCCCACCAGCAGCAGUGCCACCUACUCUGGGGUGAAGCUGCAGACACCUGUUCCACGCAUGGCUGUACUAGCCGCCGAAACUGUGAUGUGAGGCAGGAGAGAUGUGGGAAUGUGCUGUGUAGAGGUGGGAAGUUCAGGCACAUGGCAGAAUACGCAAUGUUGACCGGGCCGGGGCAGUGCAUUGAGCUGACCAGCAUCUCCAACGGCCUGGACGAGCUGAGGAGGGCUGCCACGGGAACCAAAUGCCAUGACAACAUGGUGUGUGUGGAGGGGCGGUGCCAGGACCUGGCUGUGUACGGAACCAAAGACUGUGCAGACAAAUGCAACAGCCGCGGGGUGUGUAACCAUGAGAACGAGUGCCAUUGUGACCCUGGCUGGGCUCCGCCCUACUGCACACAGGAACUGCCCAAUCAAGAGACAGGCCCCAGUGGUGUGGUGAUUGGUGUGUGUGUGACGAUAGCCGUGCUGCUGUUGCUCACUCUGGUCAUCGCUGGCCUUUCCUGCUGCAGAAGCUCCCUCUCCAAACCCAGGCCUGCCAUCAAGGGACGGAGGGAGGUACGCACCUCAUCUGGCCAGGCCAACCCAGUGUUCCAGGCGGGCAGCGCUAAGAACAGUCCGCGCUCUGGACCGCCACGCAUCAGCUCUGGACCGCCACGCAUCAGCUCGCCCACCUUCCUGGAGUCCACCGCCACACAGAGCUGCAGGCCACUCGCUGGGACAGCGCUACCGAGCCGCACCGCACCACAGCCGCCUCAGAAGCCUUCAGUCCAGCCCACGGUCCCUCAGCCCCCUCGGCCACAGGUCAAGCCUGCACCACCGGCCAACAAGCCACUUCCUGUGGCCAGCCCACAGCUUCCUGUGCUGAGCAAGCCACAAGCACCGUCCAGGCCACUGCCACCACUGACCCCAAAACCGGCAAACAAGCCGACGCCCCCUCCAGUGCCCCCUGUGAAGCCCAACUCGUCACCGUCACCAUGGAAAUCUGAGAUCCCAGUGGGGCAGAAGAUGGCUCUGAUUCCACCGCGGGGGGCCAGAUGAUGACCAGAGAGAUGAGAUGAGAAGAGACGAGACGAGAUGAGACGAGAAGCUUUUCUGCCACAUCAGCAGCCUGAGGGAAGAUGAUGAUGAUGAAGAUGACGAUGUGCUGUUUUUUCCCUCCUGGCUGGAGGGUUUGUGGCUGAUGCUUGAGGAGUGAUGCACUCUGGGAUUGUGGAGGGGUUUGCACACCGUGCUGGCUGCUUGUUUUCAGGCCUAGGGUUAGUGAAGGCUUAAUCCACGUGAAGGCCUAGGGUUAGUGAAGGCUUAAUCCAUGUGAAGGCUUUCUCUCUCUGCUUGUUUUCAGGCCUAGGGUUAGUGAAGGCUUAAUCCAUGUGAGCGUUCUCUUUCAGGGACUUUUUUAUGGUACGACCAGCGUCACACAAAGUGCUCCUUUCAUGGACAUCCAUAAUUGCUGAAUUGUUGUGUUGCCGUGCUGUUCUAUGCGUCAUGUGUGUGUGUGUGUGUGUGUGUGUGUGUGUGUGUGUGUUGCCGUGCUGGAGCUCACAGGACUGGCUGCGUCACCGUCUAGCCAGACCUACAAAUCUGCUCUUUGCUUUUUCUUUUUUUUUAAACGGACCUCAGUCUCUGCAACUGGAUUCCAAUGGAGAAUGAGACCAGAUGAUAUUGCUCUAUAUAUACACACACACACACACACACACACACACACACACACACACUCUGGAGAAUGAGACCAGAUGAUAUUGCUCUAUAUAUACACACACACACACACACACACACUCUGGAGAAUGAGACCAGAUGAUAUUGCUCUAUAUACACACACACACACUCUGGAGAAUGAGACCAGAUGAUAUUGCUCUAUUCCUUGUUCAAUGGAGCAUGAGACCAGAUGAUAUUGCUCUAUACACACACACACACACACACACUCUCACGCACAUACACUCUUGUGAAUGAGACCAGAUGAUAUUGCUCUAUUCUUUGUUCAAUGAAGCAUGAGACCAGUUUAAUCCAGUCGAAUUGCUCUAUUCCAUGUUCUUUCUUGUUGUUCUUUUCCAAGCCACUGAUGCUUUUAUAUUUUUGCACCUUUAUUUUUUUAUAAGUCACAUUUUGUCUUUGUCAUGUUUAUGUUUACAUGUUUAUGUUUUUGCACAUUGACAGAGGCAUUUGAAAGGUUGUGCCAGUUGGGAUUUUAAACCAUUUUCUUGUUCAGCUGGUCUGAAACCUUUUGUAUUGUCUAAUUGACUCUCAGUCCUUUUUAAAUUAUUUACUGUUUUAUUUUGUAAUCAUGUUGUCAACAUGUUUCAAUGUGCGUCAUUCUGUUAACUUAGUGCCUUUUCUACAGACAGCAAUAAAAAGAUUUUACUGUACUGGG